GGACGGCAGUGACAUUUGGCCACUCCCAUUCAUGUGCACGUCCCUCUCUUCGCUUUGAUGGGAGCGCGCCGCGCGUACACCAUUUUUAGAGCUUGGUCUGACUCUCUUAAGUUCGGAGUCGCGCUGCAAUUUAGGGGACUGUAGGCAAAUCUAGAAAUAGCGGUUGGCCCAAAUAAAAAGCUUUUGAAAGCUACAUUACUGUUUUCCCCCUCCAUCAGACAUUUUCCAGUUUUGAAAAUGGCAGAUUCGACUCAGUCCUCUCAGAUAUCUUCGUCACAGGGUUUUGGCGAUUCCGCCGCCGGACAGAACUCUGCAGCUUCGGGCAAAGCUUCCAAAAUUUCCGAUUCCUUUCUUUCCUCUUCGCCUGUAACUCUCAUUCCGUCUCCUCAAGAUGAGAGGAGGACAGGGCAGGGUCCCAGCACACCUUCUGAAGGUGCAUCCAUCUCCCUUCGCUCUUGUGCUCAGCCUGGCUCUUCUCCAGUAGAUCUGGGUAUCCUUGGUCCCUUAAAAGGUGGACUAAUCGAAGGUGGGGACUUGCAUCUCAAAGAUGAAAAUGAGGGGAAAGCGGAAAUCCAAAGUAUAAAUUCCAUCCUGAGGGACUCCUCUGUUACAUUGUUGAAUUUCUCCGGGGACACAUUGCCAUCCGCUCUCUUUAGCCAUGAUUCUGCCUUGAGAAAGAUCUCCCCAGAGACAGGAAACAUCAAAGGACUGGAGGGUCUAUCAGACAACCAGGGAUCCAUUGACACCCUAAGCAGUGAUGGGUUCCUUGUUUUUAAGGAGUGCCACUAUGGAAGCCCUCUCUCAGAUGCACACAACUCCUCCAGGAGCUUCCGUGAGUUUAGAUCCCCUGACCAGGACUCCCCUGAGUCUCCGUUUGAGGUUUUGGAAGAAUCGGCUCGAGGUAGAGGCCUUGUGAGUGAAAUUGUUGACAUCACUGACCAUUCACAGACUCAAAACCUGCGUCCAGCACCAGACUUGGGACGUGAUGUUCCCAAUGAUGUACUCAAGGGAGGAACAGGACCAAGUGUACCAGGUGCGCUUAUGGGCUGUUCAGGCAGACCAUCUGAAGUGACCGAUUGGAGCAAUGGACAAGCAAAGCCACCCACGGUAAAAAUCGGGUCUGAAUUUCUAACUUCUGCUUCCAAGGUGAAUAAGUUAGACCCCUCAGACUGUGGGGUACAGAAGGGCGCAUCUGGCUUACGGCCUUGGGAAUCUUCUGUCCCACCUCCUCAUUUAGAACCCUCGUCUUUCAUCCCACCUCAUUCCUCUCAGGUGGAAGAUGAUCCCUGGAAGAGUGACCAGGAUGAAGCGGAGAUCUUGGACGCGGACAGCUCAGAGGAUUCGGACGACACUGUGAUCGAGGACACAUCUGACCGCCUGAACUUGUCAAAAAAUGUUGUUUGCUCCAUCUCCUCUCUGCAGCCGAAGGUAGAAGGUCCAACAGAGCCAGAUAUGCGACCAGUUUCAAUGGCUUUAAGUUGCAUCAAGGAGACAAAUGAGCACAACCUAAUUGAGGAAGAGGGUGAGUACGAGAUUGUGAAAGAACAUGUCAGAGAAGCUUCUUCAAGGCCUGAAGUGGUCCAGAUACCAGGAUGUGACAAAUCUGUGUCAGAUCUUGAACCCUCUGAGAGGUUCACCUCUGACUUUAGACAUCCCCAGCAGCAUUCUGAACCAUUGCAAGCUGACUCUGUGACCUCGCAUUGGCACCAACGCAGUAAAGGACAGAGUGAUACAGCAAAUUCAGAAAAGUCCAUUUAUAGUUCUGUAGCUGUGUCUUCAAAGGAGAUUCCAUUUGUUCCUUCAAAAGAGCUAGACCUUGACAUAUCCAGGAAACCCGAUGCUAACAUUGUUGGUUCUGAUUCAGUGAAUAAGCGUAGCAGCCACAACCCGCCAAACUACUCCUCACUGACAGAAGAAUGGAAACCUGAUGAGAUGCAUGAUCUUUCUAAGCCAAAAUGUGUUGAGCAGUUUUCUGAGGAUCUGUCUAAUAAGAGGCCUCCUACUCUCCAGGCUGGUCCACUUGCUGAAAAAAUGUCAAGUGUAACCAAAGCACAGCCAGCCAACACUGCAGAGAUCCAUGCUGCCCCUCCUGGUUUGGAUUGGUCUGCAAAUCCAAGGGAUGAAUAUACGCCUCAGGCUUUUCCCAAGCCAGCGAAACGUGGUUCUGAAAAGGCAGAGGACUCCCCGGAGACAGCGAGCGACCCUGAGAGCAUCGAGCUGGAGUGCUCGGUCUCAGCUGCCACCGAUAGCUUUGUGGGAUUCAUGAGGGAGUGCCUGAAUUCGCGCCAGCCCAAGGAGUCUGACGAACGCUACGGAUGCCACACAGCCGAGCAAAAACCCCCCCAGUUGGCAGCCCCUUUCUCAGGGUCCCCCCCUGCCGUGCUGCUGAACCUGGAGCAGGAGCGCCUCACCAUCUGUGCGUUGAAGGAGCUGGGCAGCAGCCAGGAAGAAGCAGACGACCUGGUACGGACGGCAGCCCCCCAAACAGGCUCCGAGCCCCAAACUGGUCCCAUCGCUCCCUUUGCUCCUAAACCUCCCUCCCCUCCUCUUAACACCCCCCCAUCGGAGGCCCUGCCGGGCAGAGAUGUAGAAGGAGCGGAUGCUAAUGAGGCGGAGCUUGCAGCACGUUCAUUAGAACUCUUACUAACCCACCUUUCAGUGCGGGAGCUGCUGUACUGGCGGGAUCCGCGGAAGUCGGGCGUGGUGUUCGGCACGUCCCUGCUGGUGCUGCUGUCCCUGGCCACCUUCAGCGUGAUCAGCGUGGUGUCCUACCUGCUGCUGGCCCUGCUCUGCGUCACCAUCACCUUCAGAGUCUACAAGUCCGUCAUCCAGGCCGUGCAGAAGUCCAGCGAGGGACACCCCUUCAAGGCCCUGAUGGAGAAGGACAUCAACAUCCCACCCGAAACAUUCCGCAAGUACACUGAUAUGGGCCUGUCCCAUCUCAACCAGGCCCUCAAGCAGAUUAGGCGCCUGUUCCUGGUGGAGGACCUGGUGGAUUCUCUAAAGCUGGCCGUGGUCAUGUGGCUGUUGACCUAUGUGGGGGCCAUCUUCAACGGCAUCACUCUGCUGAUCCUGGCGGACAUUCUGCUCUUCAGCUCUCCACUGGUGUAUGAGAAAAACAAGACCCAGAUCGAUCACUACGUGGGCAUCGUGCGCACUCAGGUGGAAGCCACGCUCGCAAAGCUACAAGAGAAGCUUCCUGGAGCUGUGAAACGCAGCAAAGCUGAAUAAAGGACUCCUCAGUCCCCUACCCUCCCCCACCUCCCCC